AUGGCACCAACAAACACCAUGCCCAAGGUGUACAUUCACCUAAUCCGCCACGCACAAGCACAAAGUAACUACCAAGCCAUCCGUCGCACAGCAGCACAACAAGGCCACCCGGCUCCAGAGCUCACCCAAGCCGACAUAGACCUCUGCAGAAGCAUCCAAGACCCUCGCCUCACCCCACACGGCAUCCAAGAAGCCCUCGCCCUACGCACCAACUUCCCAUUCAUGAACAAAAUAACCCACAUCAUCACAUCGCCGCUCCGCCGCACACUACAAACAACACUACUAGGCCUCGAGCCAGCUAUCCGACGAGGUAUCCAGCCCAUCGCUCUGGACAUCCUGCGAGAGACGGGGAUGGGGGCUAACAGUUGUGGGUCUUAUCUACCGAGUUUGCUGGAUAAAUCGGCGAAUCUGGGAGGAGAGCGGGUAGUGACUACGGAGAUUGAGCGGGGUUGGGAGGUGCCUACUUGUUCGAUUGGGGUGGAUCUGAGAGCGAAGUUGGUGAAGUAUAGGAUUAAGGAUUUGGCGCGCGUGGCUAGGAUGCAGGAGUUUGAGAGGGAGGAGGCGAGGUUGGAGUUGGAUGGUGGGACUGGGGCGCUGUUUGGUCAUGAGAAUAGGUGGUUGAUGGAGUAUGAUGUUCCGUUUGUGGAGGAGGAGAGGGAUGUGCAUAUUGCUGUGGUGUCGCAUGGGUCGUUCUUGAAGAGGGUUAUUGGUGAUGGGAGUAAGCAGAUGGGUAAUGCGGAGUAUAGGACGUUUGAAUUUGAAGCGAAGAGUGAGGGAGGCGUUGGGGGAUAUAAUUUGGUGGAGACGGAUGAGAGUUAUGAGAGAUGGUUUACGGCGUUGUGUGAGAAGGAGGCUGCUGAGAAGAGGAUUGAGGAGAAGGAGGCAGCUGAAGCAGAUGCGGCGAGAAGUCGCUUGGUUGGGAUUGCACAACAGGCUCUGGUGUUGGUGGAAAGGAUGGAAUUAGAUGGGGUGGAUGCUGUGGAGAUAGACGUCGCCUGA